AUGGCUGAUGCAGAUCUUGCAUUGAUCAAUAAGGUCGAGUUGCGUAUAGCCCUUACGCAAGAUGAUGCACUGUUUGAAAAUGCUUUAAACCUUUAUCUCGCUCCAUUGCUACUUAAGUUGGGAAGCGAACAUGGACCUGUGAGAUCAGCCAUUCUAUCCAUACUUAGAAACUUGAUUCCGAGAAUCACUGCUGCUAGGGACGUCAAAUUGCCAGUAGAGGCAUUGUUGGAACAAGCUAAACGUCCCAAGGUUUCCAUUGAUGCAGACUCGAGUCAAGUCCGAUUAUACAGUUUGUUGUUUGUAUCUCGAGGUGUUGAUAGGCUCUCCAUUCAAGAUAAGAAUAAAUUGAUCCCUUUAUUAAUAGAAGGCAUAUCAACACAUUCUCUAACAGUUUCAUCCCGACUCUUCAAUGUGUUGGGGAAAGUCUUGGAAGGUUGGAGGGCCCCAGAUAAUGAAUCUGUAGAAUAUGCCGAGAUGGAAAAGUCACUACAUUUGGAUGCCAAUCCCCAAGAUGCUAUAUUCCUUGCAAAGAAAAUAGCCAAGUUCUUCAUUCUUCUACCUUCAGAUAGUGUGACCCCCAUGCUGUACCAUGGCUUAUCGAUUGACGACCAUGCAUUCUUUAGUCUUCAUGCUGGGGUAGUGUUCAAAAGUCCCAAUGAACUAACUGAGUUGAAACUCCGAUACUUGCAGUUGUUGAAAUCGGGUGGCUUUAAGGAUAUGGUUUUGGCCUUGCCUUACAUGAUUGCAUCUGCAGAUGAUUCUUCUGCGUUGAACAGCCCUGCAUCGACAUUGUUCAAGAAGCUAACCUUAAAUGUUGAUGAUGAAGAGUUUGUUAAUGAUUGCGUUCAAUUAUUCCUUGGAGGCGAUGGAGUUCCUCCUUGUACUCCAAAGCUACAAGAACGGAUUCUUGUUUUGCUUAGUAAAAGUUCUAUUGUGGGCAAGCAUCCUCAAAUUGACGAAAUCACCUUACGAGGUCUUGAAAGUGAUAAUGCUAAAUCCAAAAGUGCUGGAUUGUAUUUUGCAAAAUGGGUGACGAUGUUAAAUGCCAGUAAUGGAUCAUCGGCGUCUUCUUCACUAAAUUCAAGCGUAGCACUGCAAUUGAAAAGUAGUAUUUUGGGUGAAGGAUGGCCGGUUGCUGAUGUUCCAAAGGGAGCCAAUUAUGCCACUUUUUUAACCCAAAGAGCACUUAAAUACGAAACUUUAGGUAGCAUCUUAAAGCAGAGCUCUGAAUUGUCAGUCAAUGACUUUUCCUAUAUUGAAUUCUUAUUCAAAUCUUUAGAAGGAGAAGUUUCUGAUGUGAGAUCUUCAAUUCAAGAUGCCCUCUCUGGUUUGGCAAUUCAUUUGCCUUCCCUUAGUCCGGAGUCAAAGCUGAAAAUCAAGCAAUAUGCUGCAGAAUAUUUAACUUAUCAAGAUACCACCUCCGUUGGGGGUGGCUCCUCAAACGAAAAUCUUCAAGCUUGUCGUUAUAUGAUAGUCAAAUACUUGAAUUUCACCUUCCCCUUCGCUGAUGCCGAAGCCAGAAUGUUUAAUAUUCUCGGUUCAUACAAACACAAUAGAUUGGAUACCGUGGAAGAAAGUAACCAUGGCUUACAUCCGCAUUGGUUCAAUAUAGUCCAAUCAGCAAACACAACCCAAUUCAAAUCCUCGAAAGAGUUACUUGGCCAACAAUCUGCUGGUGUUCAGUUCCCCUUGUUUGAUGAUAUGGUUUGUGCUUUCAAUAGCCACUUCAAUGACGUGAACAGGAAUCGACUGCCUACGAUCUUGAAGACCUUGGGCAAAGCUGUUGUGUUUGUUUUCAGAACGUUCGUAAUGGAAGCAGUUAAUAAAGCAAACACAGUGAUUGUGCCAGAUGAGCAAUGGGAUUUAAGACUCGAUAAAGCCGUUGAAACUGAUAGCGUUGUUCAAAAGCUAUUAGUUGAUAAAUGUAGUUGUUCCGAUCGCUUUUCCACGUUUAUAAAGCUUGUUCUUAGAAUAUUCUUAGACCAGUUUAGUGGUGGAUCUGGAAUUAACCCAAACAUUAAUUACGGUACAACAUUAUCAACCCUUUUACACAUUGCACCCACGAACGUUAUUGGGGAUUUGACGACGACAGUGCCUCUAUUCGUUGAUGUUUUUGAAGGAGGUUUGGUCUCUGGAGAAACUGCCUCUAUUGCUUGUGAGAGCUUUGCGAUCGUAGCCAGCCAUCCAAAUGUUGACAAUGACUCGAUACAAGCCAUAUUGAAUUCAGCAAUGGAGGGAAGUAGUAGAAACUUGCAACAAAUCAGAACCUUGUCCGUGGGAUAUCUUAUCGGCAGACUUUACUUACGAGCAAGAGCCACUAAUAUUGUUUCCGUCUCUUUCUUGAAGAGUUAUCUUGACUUUUUGUUGGAACAAAAGAGUCCAGCUUGGUCUUCAAUCGUAUGGGAAUGUGUGAUCCAGAUAUCCAUGUUUGGAGCAUUAAACUCGCCGGACUUUGCAGAUUAUGUUACCAAAUUCAUUGAUCUGGUUGAAGACGGAGUUAAGAAAUCGGACGAGAGGGCAAUGAAUGCAUUGGCUUGUUUAACAUUGUCUUUGACUAAAGAUAACGACAAUACCUUGAACAAAUGUGAAAAUUUGGCGUAUAAAACCCAUAUUUCUAAACAUCUUGAGUUCACAUUCACUGUUGGUGAAGCAUUUCUGAUUAUGGCGGCCGGAUGGCAAUCUAAAGCUUUGCAGAAGAAUCUUGAUAUCCAAGGAACCAAAAUAGAGUACUUUGAACCAGACAUUUCAAGACUCCCAUUAAUUCUAUCCACUGUUUUGGCAGCAUGUGCUAACACUAAACCGGCAUUAAGGAAGAGCGCAUGUAUAUGGUUGUUAUCACUUGCUCAGUUCUGUGGUCAUUUACAACCUGUUAAAGAUAAAGCCCGUGAGAUGCACAUAGCCUUUACCAUAUUUUUAGCUGACAAAGAUGAGUUGAUUCAAGAAUCUGCUUCAAGAGGACUCAGUAUUGUGUAUGAAAUGGGUGAUGUAGAACUCAAAGAAGUUCUUGUUAAGGGUCUUUUGAAGUCUUUCACUGACUCUAAUGCUUCCUCUAUCUAUACUAGUGGAUCAGUUGAAGAGGAUACUCAGCUUUUUGAGCCUGAUAUCUUGAAGACUGGUGAAGGCUCGGUGUCCACGUAUAAAGAUGUUCUUAACUUGGCAUCUGAAGUAGGUGAUCCAAGUUUGGUGUAUAAAUUCAUGUCAUUGGCUAAGAACUCUGUGCUUUGGUCCUCUAGAAAAGGUAUGGCUUUUGGUUUGGGUUCUAUAUUGUCCAAGACUUCUUUGAAUAACUUAUUUUCCACUAACCAACAAUUAACUAAUCGGUUGAUCCCACGGUUAUAUCGGUACAGAUAUGAUCCCAAUACUUCAGUGUCCACAGCCAUGAAUGAUAUUUGGAACUCUUUGGUUCCCAACAAUUCCGAUACAAUUAACGAGCACUUUGAUAUCAUAUUGGAAGAACUUCUUAAAGGAAUGGGGAACAAAGAAUGGAGAGUGAGACAAGCCAGCACUACGGCACUCAAUGAUCUUCUUCAAGUGUCCACUUUAGAAUCCUAUGGCGAUAAGUUGGAGGAGAUUUGGCAAAUGAGUUUCCGGGCAAUGGAUGACAUCAAAGAUUCUGUUAGAAAGGAAGGUAACAAAUUGACUAAAUCGUUGUCAACUAUUUUGUUACGAACCAUUGAUGCCAAAUACAGCAGUAGUUCGCCUAUUAAAGCCGAGAAGGUUCUUAAGGAUUUGAUUCCGUUCCUUCUUGGACCACGGGGUAUAUUGAGUGAAGCUGAAGAUGUCAAGAAUUUCAGCAUUAAGACCAUUACAAAGAUUUGCAAGGAUGGUGGAGCAUUUGUUAGACCCUUUAUACCUGAUUUGAUAGAGAAUUUUGUACAGUUGAUGUCGACGUUGGAACCGGAAGCCAUAAACUAUUUGCUGUUGAAUGCUGAUAAAUACAACAUUAGUCCCACGGAGUUAGAUGCCCGAAGACUUCAAGCCGUUGGAUCUUCGCCUAUAAUGCAAACCAUUGAGAAAAUGCUUGACAACCUUGCAGACACAGACAUGGAUACUUUCAUCAAGAAGUUGGGAAAUUCCAUUAAGAAGUCCGUGGGGUUACCGUCAAAAGUCUGUGGCUCCAAAAUCUUGGUCACUUUGGUUACAGAUCAUUUAGAGUUAUCCAAACCUUAUGGUGACCGAUUCUUGAAGAUUGCUCUUAGUCAAUUGAAAGACCGUAAUGAAGCAGUAUCUUCUACCUAUGCAACUGCCUGUGGGUUCUUGUGUCGAAUUGCGUCCAUUGAGUCUGUGGAAUCGUUUGCUGAAUUGAUCAACAGAUACUACUUUGACCACGAAAACUAUGAAGACUCAAGAUGGAGACUGAUAGCUGCUGUUGCCAGUUUCAGUGUGGCCACUUACUCUGGUGAUAAGUUCCAAUCUAUGACGGGCGUAUUCUUGCCCCUUGCCUUCAUUGGGAAACACGAUGUUGAUCCUGAAGUGGCCAAAACCUUUGAUAAGAUGUGGAUAGAGUUUGGAAACAACAGUACUAUCAGAUUGUACUUGCCCGAGCUCUUGGACUUCUAUGAACGCCACUUGCAAUCACCCAGGUUUGAAACCAGAAGAGCCUUGGCCACGUCCAUUGGUGAGCUCUCCUUGGUGGUCACUGGUGGCAAGGGGGGGGUCUCGUCAACGGCCAUUGAAAACUUGAGUGACAACGAUAAGAAACAAUUGUUACAUUUAAUGUCGUUGCUUAUCGUUGCUUGUAAGGGUAAGACUUGGGAAGGCAAGGAGAAGGUGUUGAGGACAUUAACUGAGUUUACCAUUAACGCCAAAUCAUUAGUUGUGACAGAUCACCUUGUCACCUCUGAGGUGACAAAGACUUUGAUAACCGAGGCAAGGAGAAGAAACAAACAGUACCAGAAACAAGCAGUAAAGUGUUUGGGCCUCUAUAUAGCAGAGUACACCACUCAGGAGCAAGCUGUAGAGGUAUACGUUGAAGUUAUGAGGAAGAUUCUUCGGUUGUAUAAGUCCGAGGAUAGUGAUGAUAUGGAUACAGAUUCAAGUGAUGAUGAUCAUGAUGAAUCAAGAAAGAGAUUUAAAGGUGAAUCAAAGGCUAAAAUGUUAGCUAUGGAAAAGGAACGGGGUGAGUUCAUAGACAACAUUUCAUUGGCUUAUUUUGACCGGCCAAUUGAUUUGUCUCAACAAGUAUUGGCCUUGUAUUGUGAUGCGGCUGAACAUUUCUUAACGCAAAGCGACAUUGACUUGACUUGGGCUUCAGACAUUAUGUUCUGUACUUCUAUGUCCCAUUUAUUGGGCUUAAUGAAGGAGGAAGAACGUCCGGAGGCGACAGUGUCGUUGUUUUCCAUUUGGAACCUUUUGAAGAAGAGAUGUUUAGUGUCACAUGCCAUUGAAAACGUUAGAUUGCAAUUCAUAAAGCUCACGGUAUCCUUCAUGAACUACUCAAAGUCAGAGCAGAUACAGGCGGAGAUAAGAAAGGAUUUAUCGGAGUUCAAAUCAUUUGAAAAGUCUUCUAAAGUUCUUAAACAGUUGGCUGAUAAGAAUUUAUAA